AUGUCCGUGCUCAUGAACAAUACAAAGCGAAUCCUAUCGUUCCUACUGCUGCUCGUGUUUAUCCAAGGGACACGCUCAGCCCCCAAUUUUACCAACUGUCUCAUCAACUUCCGAAAUAAUGCCAAUCAGACCCUCGAUUCGUCUGGAUUAGUGGAUGCCAAUGGCGCAAAUAUACCAAACGUGUCGUCAGACAUCUUGAACGCAAUUGGAUUCACCUAUGACACUUGUCUUUCGCAGUGCGGUGAGGGAACAGAGAAGCCCACCUGGGCAAACAUUUCGCAGCAGUUCGGCGCCUGGCUAUUGCCCUACCUUGCGCUCAUUUCUCAGCUGCCUUUCGGUGCAAGACAUAGAGUUGACAAUCUCAUGUCUGCCAUCCUUACAGUCGGUUCACCGGUGCUCGCCGGUUACUCGAUGAUUCUCACCGUCCUCAAUGCUAGGUGGAUCAGCCGUCGGUUCGAGAACGUGUCCUUCCCUAAUACUGGAAACGCCGUCCGCAUCCUCAUAAGCCUUCAACAAUCUCCUCUGAGAAUAACAAAUCAAGACUCGCUCCUCAGCUCUCUCGUUGUCCUGCCGGAGAAUGAUGACUGGUGGCCGACAAUUGCCGAAUUUCUCGACUACACUCACACCUGCUCACUAACGGAUGUCAAUGCUAACAUCUACUCCAACGGCCAAGGGACGGGAUCGGUGUGGUUGUGGCUUAUACCAAUCGUCAUUGGUUGGCUGCAGCUAUCUCCGAAGUGCGACUAUGCACGCCCUACCGAUUAUGGAGUUGUAAAAGCAUCAGACCGUCUCCUGAAAUGCGAGCAGUGUCCAUUGAUAGCAGCAUUCGCAAAGCCUUCGUCUACCGACGAAACUUUAACUCCACCCGUGUAUAACUACGCCAGGGCCAUUUCAUGGUCUCGGUCGGCGGAGGAUGUCCUUGAUGCUUUUCGAAUGGCCUCCAACAAUGCUAGAGCGCACAGACCGGUUAGAAUGGGGCAUAUGUGGAGGAACGCGAGCAGGAGGAAUGUCAUUGAGCCCUGCAACAGGUCCGGAAACCCAUCCGAAGUCGAUGCCUACUGCAGACUUCCCACAUACGCUGUUCGAAGCCGAUGGGCUUCAGGGAUGUUCUCUCGCAUGUUUGUUGCCUCGUUGCUGCCCCUAGCUUUGCAAUGGGCGACAACUGGAGCCGCGGUGCUGGUUGUGUAUUCUACUCCGACUGUGGGUCUUGGCUGUAGAUCCCUCGGUUACAUCCUCUAUGGCGCAAUGGCCACGAUAGUAUGGGCUAUGCUCGUUAUGUCGAGUAUCCUUUCGCACUACUCAUCUUCAUGCUCAAACCAACCGAGGAAUAUUUUCUCAUCUAUGCAUCUCGCAAGGGUACUAUCGAACCUUUUGAGAUGGGGUGGGAAGUUAUUGGCAAUUGUCAAUGCAAUCUGGAUCAUUGCGGCCUCAAUGCUGCAAUUUACGAAUAUCUAUGAUAAUUGUUACUGCAACUCGAGUGUGUUGGGGAGAGGGGUCCGUGAUGCAUACUUCAUCGUGAUAACCGAUGGAUUAGACUUAGGUUACACUAAAGCUGCUUGGUUCGGAGCAUUAGCUUUGACUUGCUGUACCUCUUUGGGUUUCAUUUUCUUCAUGAGUUUAUUGACUGAUCUCGUACCUACGUGA